AUGCCUGUAUUACAGCAGCCAAACAGUACAGCUAGCAUUCAGAACACCGAUUAUGAAUGGAGAUAUGAAUACUAUGAUGAUGAAGAACCUGUCUCCUUUGAAGGACUCAAAGCGCACAAAUAUUCAAUUGUAAUCGGAUUCUGGGUGGGCCUGGCAGUGUUUGUCAUUUUUAUGUUCUUCGUUCUGACUCUUUUGACCAAGACAGGAGCUCCACAUCCAGAGAGUUCUGAACCAUGUGAGGAUUGCGUGCAUCUAACCAGCUGUGUGGAGGAACUAGGCCGGCCCCGGGAGCCAGAGAACAGAGCCGGAUUAUCCCGACCCUUACUGCAGGAGUCUCACUUUCUUUUUAACUGCUACAUUAAUGAAGAGGAGCAAACAGGGGAGCAAGCCCUACACCGAGCCCGCAGAGUUCACACACUGUCGAGCAGCAGCGAGUCCAGCGGCCCUGUGAAAAGCAGGGGUCGAGCUGGCCAGAGUACACAGGUGGAAAUGAGGGAGGAUGAUGAAGCUGCAUUUCUAGCGCAUUUUAACAUUCCAAACUUUGUGAACACUGAACUCAGCUCGACAAUGGGUGACGAUGACUUACUGCUUUGUGAGCCGCCCAUAAUCAUGGACAGUGAGUCUCAAUGCCACAGCACCAGUCACAUUAGAGACUAA